UUUCCUAAAAACGAUGCCGUUUGGAUCCGAAAUCCUUUUCUCUCCUACGGUUACGCCCAGGAAAGAAGAGCUUGACAUUUGCGCACAAAGAAGAAAAAAAUAAUCGACUUUUGUCCCAAACUUUGAAAUUUCAAAUUUUUACUGUCAUUUGGUACUCUUCAUAAAUGGGUUUAGAAUCUUUUUCUUGUUUAUUUUGUUGCAGUAACUAUUGUUGAUCUUUCUUCAUAGCCAAGCACUCGGCUUUGUUCAAUUAUCGGGAAGAAAUCUCAGAUAAAAGAGGAGUUUUAUUAUUAUUAUCAUUAUAUUGGUGUUAAGAGAUGCAAACAGAAGCGAGAAUGGGGGUGGUGGUAGAGGGAGGCCAGAGAGGUUUGAGUUCAGGCCAUGGAAGCGUAAGUGUUGAUAAGUUAUCACAACAGAAACGACAAAUGUUGCAGAGUCAAUCUCAGAUCGGCACUGUAUCACAGCUACUUGCAGGAGGUGUAGCUGGUGCUCUUAGUAAGACCUGUACGGCUCCUCUUGCUAGGCUCACCAUUCUCUUCCAGGUGCAAGGUAUGCGCUCUGAUGCUGUAGCAUUAAGGAAGGCUAGUAUAUGGCGUGAAGCUUCACGAAUAGUUAAUGAAGAAGGAUUCAGGGCUUUCUGGAAAGGGAAUCUGGUUACUAUUGCACAUCGUCUACCAUACACUUCUGUUAACUUUUAUGCUUAUGAACACUAUAAAAAGUUACUACAAGUGAUUCCGGGAUUGCAAAGCCAUGGGGGAAAUAUGGGUGCUGAUAUCUGUGUGCAUUUUUUAGGCGGUGGUUUGGCAGGACUAACAGCAGCAUCUGCUACAUAUCCUUUGGAUCUUGUAAGGACACGCCUUGCAGCUCAGACAAAUGUGAUCUACUACAGAGGUAUUGGGCAUGCUUUUCAAACUAUUUGCAGAGAGGAAGGAGUUCUGGGCCUCUAUAAAGGACUUGGUGCAACACUUCUUGGUGUUGGGCCCAGCAUAGCAAUUAGCUUUUCAGUUUACGAAACAUUGAGAUCUUUUUGGCAGUCACAGAGACCUCAUGAUUCUACUGUGCUGGUUAGUCUAGCAUGUGGUAGUGUAUCAGGCAUUGCAUCAUCAACAGCAACAUUUCCUCUGGAUUUGGUGAGGCGUAGGAAACAAUUGGAAGGGGCAGGUGGUCGAGCAAGGUUGUACACAACUGGCCUUUUUGGUAUAUUUAGGCACAUAAUCCAGACUGAAGGGUUUCGUGGUUUGUAUCGUGGGAUUUUCCCAGAGUAUUACAAAGUGGUUCCUGGUGUUGGUAUAUGUUUCAUGACCUACGAGACACUAAAGAUGCUUUUAGCUGAUGUUAGUGCCCGCAUAUAGCUCUUGCCAUUAACUCUUGGAACUUCCAGUCUGCGACCACUAGAAUGAGGCGCAUGAGCUAGUAUGUAAUAGUGUAGCUGAUUAAGUUUCAUGUGAUUUCUCAUUGCAGUCAAUUACAUGAGGCUACAGUGAGCAUAAAUUUUUCCAUGUAUAGAUAUUGAAGAAUAAACUACCUUAUCAAACGUAUCUGGUAUUGUUGUCGUCACAAUUCUCAAAUACAUCAUUCUGAUGGGAGAUUGAUUCAUAGUCA